AUGAGUAGACUAUUAGACAUUAAAUAUAUUUAUAAAAAUAAUUAUAGCAUUUUAAAUAAAAUUUAUAUUAAUGAAUUCAUAACUACAUUUCAAUGUGGUUAGAGUGGAUAAAGAAAGUUAUAAUUCUAAAUUUAUUCAGUUUAAGCUUUAAAAGAGUAGAUGAAGUUCCAAGAAAUUUUAGAUUUUUGUGAGAUGACUUAAAAGAUGUUUAAAGAAUAAUUUAGUAAGCAACCAAAAAUAUUGUAGAUUAAACAAUAUCUAAUUAUGGGAUUAAAAAGGGAACUGUUAAUUAUUACUUUAUAAAAAAUGAAUUAGACAAAGAAUUAAAAUAUUUAAUUGAACAAUAAUGUAGUUUCUAACUAUUUCAAUAAAUUAGCUUUUGCAUUAGAAAAACUAGAUAAAUUUGAUUAGGCAAUUGACUUAUGGGAUAUAGCAAUUAAAAUUGAUAAGAAAAAUUAAUACAAUUAUGAAUAAAAAUGUUUAAUAAAUUACAGUUAUUCAUUUAGCAAUUAUCCUAGAAAGAUUGGGAAGAUAUUAUUAAUUAAUAGAAUGCUGGGAUUAAGCAGUUUAAUUCAAUAAGAAUAACAUUCACUUUUAUCAUUAAAAGGGUAUAUCAUUAUGUAUAUUAAUUUCAGCUUUAGCAUUAAAUAAAAUGAAUAGACAUUAAGAAGUUAUUUAAUGUUGGCAUCAAGGAGUUAUAAAUAAUAUAAAUAAUCUCCAAUUUUAUUCAUAAAAAUGUUCAUGCUUUCAUUAUUUUUAUAGCUAUUGCUCUAAUAAAAUAAAAUAGAAUCGAAGAAGCAUUUUGUUGUUGGGACUUUGGUAUACAAAACAACAAAACAGAUGCUUAAUACUAUAUACAAAAAAGUGAGAAUAAUAAUAUUAUCAUUUUUAGCUUUAGUUUUAGAGAGUUAAGGGAAACUUUAGGAAGUGAUAGAAUGUUGGGACAUUGGAAUCAAAUUCAAUAUCCAUAAUGAAGAAUUCUAUGUUUAAAAAGGUAAAAUAUGAUAAAAAUUUUAGUUAUGGCCUUAGAGAAAUAAGGUAAAAUGAAUGAAAUCAUAGAUUGUUGGAAUUUAGGAAUCUAAAAUAAUAAAACCUUUAGUUACUACUAUGAAUAAUUAUGUAUUAGAUUAAAUUCAAUUAUUUAGCUUCUUUCUUAGAAAAAAUUGGAAAAGUGGGUGAGAUGAUGAAUUGUUGGAAUUUAGCUAUCAUAAAUAAUAAAAAUAAUUUAUACUUUUAUUAAUAAAAUGGUAUUAUUAUCAUUUAUUGAAUAGCAUAGUUACUACAAAAGCUAGGUAAAAUACAAGAAGCAAUUGAUUUAUGGGAUUAAGGGAUAAAAAGUAAUAGAAAUUCAGGAGAAUUUUAUUAAGAGAAAGGUAAAGGAGAAAUGUAUGUUUAGCCAUUCUUUUAGAAAAAUAAGGUCAAUAUUUGUAAAUUAUAGAUUGUUGGAAUUAAGGAAUUGAAAACAAUAAGAAAAAUUAAUAUUUUUAUUAAUAAAAAAGUAUAAUUACUUAAAAAUGAUUAUUUAAGCAAAUGCAUUAGAGAAGGUAGUAGNAAUUACAGUUAUUCAUUUAGCAAUUAUCCUAGAAAGAUUGGGAAGAUAUUAUUAAUUAAUAGAAUGCUGGGAUUAAGCAGUUUAAUUCAAUAAGAAUAACAUUCACUUUUAUCAUUAAAAGGGUAUAUCAUUAUGUAUAUUAAUUUCAGCUUUAGCAUUAAAUAAAAUGAAUAGACAUUAAGAAGUUAUUUAAUGUUGGCAUCAAGGAGUUAUAAAUAAUAUAAAUAAUCUCCAAUUUUAUUCAUAAAAAUGUUCAUGCUUUCAUUAUUUUUAUAGCUAUUGCUCUAAUAAAAUAAAAUAGAAUCGAAGAAGCAUUUUGUUGUUGGGACUUUGGUAUACAAAACAACAAAACAGAUGCUUAAUACUAUAUACAAAAAAGUGAGAAUAAUAAUAUUAUCAUUUUUAGCUUUAGUUUUAGAGAGUUAAGGGAAACUUUAGGAAGUGAUAGAAUGUUGGGACAUUGGAAUCAAAUUCAAUAUCCAUAAUGAAGAAUUCUAUGUUUAAAAAGGUAAAAUAUGAUAAAAAUUUUAGUUAUGGCCUUAGAGAAAUAAGGUAAAAUGAAUGAAAUCAUAGAUUGUUGGAAUUUAGGAAUCUAAAAUAAUAAAACCUUUAGUUACUACUAUGAAUAAUUAUGUAUUAGAUUAAAUUCAAUUAUUUAGCUUCUUUCUUAGAAAAAAUUGGAAAAGUGGGUGAGAUGAUGAAUUGUUGGAAUUUAGCUAUCAUAAAUAAUAAAAAUAAUUUAUACUUUUAUUAAUAAAAUGGUAUUAUUAUCAUUUAUUGAAUAGCAUAGUUACUACAAAAGCUAGGUAAAAUACAAGAAGCAAUUGAUUUAUGGGAUUAAGGGAUAAAAAGUAAUAGAAAUUCAGGAGAAUUUUAUUAAGAGAAAGGUAAAGGAGAAAUGUAUGUUUAGCCAUUCUUUUAGAAAAAUAAGGUCAAUAUUUGUAAAUUAUAGAUUGUUGGAAUUAAGGAAUUGAAAACAAUAAGAAAAAUUAAUAUUUUUAUUAAUAAAAAAGUAUAAUUACUUAAAAAUGAUUAUUUAAGCAAAUGCAUUAGAGAAGGUAGUAGACUUUGAGUCUGCUUUAAGAUGUUGGGAUGAAGGAAUUUAAAAUAAUAAAUAGAAAAAGUUUUAUUAUAAAUAAAAAGGUAAAAAAAAGAAUAUAUUUUGAGCAAAUACUUUACAUAAAUUGGGAAGAAUUGAUGAAUUAUUAUAAUUAUGGGACUUAGGGAUUAAAAAUAAUGUUUAUGAUGAUUAUUUUUAUAGAAAAAAAGGUAGGUUUAUUUGAUGACAUUAUAAAGCAAAUUUGUUAGAUUAAUUAGGAAGAUCAGAUGAAGUUUUAGAAUGUUGGAAUAUUGGAAUAGAUAAUAACAAAAAUCAAAUUAUAUAUUAUGAAUAAUUAUGUAUGAAUUAUGUGUAAUAUAAAGGUAAAUACAUAUUAGAAAGUAAAAGGGAGAUGAAAGAUUAAGAAUUAAUGUAAAUAUUGAAUUUAGGAAUAAAAAAUAAUAUGAGUAAUAUAACCUUUUAUCAAUUAAAAGGUAUUAAUAAUAAUAUUGUUAAGUAAACUCAUUAUAAAAUUAAAAUAAGUCAGAUUAAGUUAUUGAGUGUUGGUAAUAAGGUGUUAAUAGUAGUUAUAGUGUAUUUAAGAAAGAAUUUUAGUUUAAAUUAAGUUGA